GAUGGCAAUAAAAUAAAAUAUGGCGGGCGCGGCCAUUAUUAAGGGCUUCUGUUGUAUUAGAGAGAGCACGCUGAAAACUGUUAAGAAGUUAUUUGUUUUGCUAUCAAAUAAUUACUGAAAGGCUAAAAUGCGACGUAAAAGUGAGCGUACCGCAAGCAAAAAAGGGAAGGCUUCACCAGAGAAAAAGGUUGAGAAGGUAAAACGUACUAGAACUAGACGUACUAGAAAGCAGUCAUCAUCUACGGAGAACGAAUCUGCUGAUGAAGGGAGUCCAGUUAGGGAAAUUGAAAGUGCCGGUGAUGCAGAAAAGAAGCCACCAGUAACACCCGCUAAAGAAGACAGCCCUGAAGAAGCCCAGGAUCAAGUGUGGCGUGUUAAAACUACUGAGGCCUCUGGUGAUAUUAAAAAACUGAAAAUAUGUCUGACGCGACCGCCAUCUACGCCAGAAAGAGUCGAUAGAUCUCCACGUAGCAAAAGAAAGCAUUCCCGCGCGACCAGUUCUAGCGAUACUCCAAGUGUAGAGGGUGUGGAUGAUAAAAAGAAAACUAGGCAUCGCUCCAAACGGUUAGCUCGAGACUCUAAAGAGGGUUCUGAAAAGAACGACAGUCAUGGAGAAGAGGUUGAACAUCAAGAUCAUGAUAAGUCUAGUGACGAAGUUACUCAAAGCGAGACAGUUGAAGAAACCGAGACUCCCAUGUCUACUACUAAUGAAGAAACGAAAGUUACUGAAAAUUUGAUACAAUCCAGUCAAGAAGUACCAGAAAGUAAUGAAACAUCUAAGGUAAUUGAGACCCAGGAUACUGAAAAGGCUUCUGAUGCUGAUACAACUGUUGCUUCACCUAAAGAUGAAACAAGAGUUGCAUCACCACCAGCAGAACCAAUUGUUGAAUCUAACACUGAUAGCCAAGAAGUACAACCAUCUGAUAUAACUGAGACCAAAAGUCCUGAACAUGCUAAUGUCACAGAGAAGGAAAGCCCAGUCCGUCAGAGAGAAGAGUCUGUUGAGAAGUCUGAAGUUCUAGAAUUGCAUGCUGAUGAUAGUAAAUGUGAAUCUUCCGAUAAUGAGGCCAGCCAAUCUAAAGAGGAACCUAAGGAUGAACCAACAGUCACCCAAGAAGAGACCACUGCCCCUGAAGAACAAAAGGUAAGUAUAGUAAAUGAAGAAAGUAUCAGUAAGGACACUGAGAAAAUUGAUUCUGAUGGCAAACAAGCUAUUAAUCAACCUGAUGUUGUAGAGAGUUCUGACAAAGUAGCAAAAGAAACAAAUGAACAAGAAAUCACUACCAAAACGGAAGACCAACCGCCUGUGGAAAAACCUAAAGAUGAAACUGAACAAGAACCUAAUAAGACAAAGGAGCCACAAACACCAAUUGAAUCUGUAAAACCUACAAAAGAUGAGCCUAUUGCUAAUGGUCAAACUGCCCCUGUUUCAGUGGGCAGGAAGAGAAGGUGGGGCUCCAGGAGCUCUAAACUUACAACCCAAAAGUCAAUAACAAUAUCAACAGAUGUGUUAAAGGAUAUUAUUCCAGAUGUGAAGCCCGUGGAGUUUGAUGAAGUUAUAGAAGAGAAAAAACACAAGAGAACAGAAAAUCAGGAAAGAAUUGAGAGACCUGUGCUUCCAAAGAUUAUAAUUGAUAAUACAGAAAAUGUGGAAUUGAAAAAGGAAUCUGAGGAAAAGGAAAAAGACCCUCAUACUCCUAAGCCAAGAGAUUUAGCUUCCAAUAGAAAAAUAUCUAUAAUUAAAGAUAAUGAUAGUAUAAUAGCAAGACCUCCAAGUCCGCCUAGAAAUAAACAGUCCUGUAUAUUGUAUAUCACUAAUUUAGUGAGACCAUUCACAUUACCACAACUGAAAAAUCUAUUACAAAGAACUGGAAGGAUUACUGAGAACGGAUUUUGGAUAGAUAGGAUCAAGUCAAAAUGCUUUGUUCAAUAUGAAACUGAAGAUCAAGCAGUAGAGACGAGGCAUGCAUUACAUGGUGUUACGUGGCCUGUCUCAAAUCCCAAGACACUCCAAGUUGACUUUUCAACACAAGAGGCUUUUGAUAAGGCAAAGAUAAAUGAAGAGACAGACACUGCACCAGUUUCAACUAUCCCUGGAACUGUGGAGGACUGGCUUCGGGAGCAAGACAUGAAGAGGGAACGUGGGGACCUGGAAAAGCCAUGGGAGCGGAAGACGGCAACUCGGGAAUGGGAUCUUGGCAAGAAUGAUAAAGAUAAAGACAAGGAUAUUAAGCUAAGGCGUGACGAACGUCCCAUUGAUAAGAGACGGCAUAGAUCGCCAGAAAAGAGUCCGGAACCAGCAAGGAAAUUCAAGAAGAAAGAAGAAGAAGCUCCCGCUAAGCUGUUGGAUGACUUAUUUAGAAAGACUAAAACAACUCCAUGCAUAUACUGGCUGCCGCUCUCAGCUGAAACGAUAGCAAUAAAGGAGGAACAGCGGCGCCAGCACAUGGCGGAGCACGAGCGCCGGCUGCAGGAGCUGCGCCGGACGCACCGCCGCCACUAUCACUUGAUCAAAACGAGCAGGGGACGUCCGCUGUGGGAAACAGAUGCACUACGACUGACAUCAGUUCCACUUGACAUUGCGUCGAUGUGCCGGCGUUUCGGCCAGACCGUGUGCGCUUGCCGCGAACAGAAAUCCAGCAUGGCGCGGGCUUCAUGGUGGUGCUUGCUGGCCGCGCUGGUGGCGACCGCCACUGCCCAGCAGAACUUCACCAUUGGCGACUUCCUGUCUGGACAGUUUACCCAAAGGGGCUUUACCGGGAGAUGGAUUUCGGACUUUGAGUUCACAUAUACCGUCGCUGGAGAACCCGGUAUCUACGUGUUCAAUGUCAACACUCUGACCGGUAGCGUCCUGGUAUCUGGGGAACUGAUGGAAUUCCUGAACACCAACAACCCAAUCUUGUCGGCAGACAGGCAGUACAUUCUGGCUUCAAGCGAAGUCGAGUCGGUUUACAGAUACUCGACGACAGCCAAGUACUCCCGCUACGAAAUCGCCACGAACACUGUCACUCAGAUUGCAAACCACCAGCGCCUGCAGUUGUGCAUUUUCGGCGGCGGUCACUCCCUCGCCUAUGUCCUGGACAACAACGUGUACUAUCUCCCUGAGAACAGGCAGGAGGCCAUUCAGAUCACAACUGAUGGUAUUCCUGGAGUCUAUUAUAAUGGACACGCUGAUUGGGUGUAUGAAGAGGAUGUCAUGUACACCGGGCAAGCUACAUGGUUCUCCACUGAAGGUUCGUACCUGGCCUUCGCGACUUAUGACGACACCGAGGUGGAGAGCUACUCCUACUACUACUUCCUGGACAACACUGAUGAAGGACGUCUGUACCCUGAGCUCGUGGACCUCAAGUAUCCUAAGGUCGGCCGCAAGAACCCAACAGCAAUUCUUCGCGUGGUGAACCUAGCUAACUUGGUAGCGACCAACACUCCGACCUUCAUAACCCUGGAGCCGCCAGAGGCAGUCACAGCAGACCAUAUCCUCGGCGGAGUGACCUGGAUCACGGACACGGAGAUCGCCACACACUGGCUGAACAGGCGACAGAAUUACACUGUGUUGAGGAUUUGCAAUAUUGUUACUUUGGAUUGUGAGGAAGAACAUCGCCAACAGCCCAAUGGUUGGGUUCCCAUCGCUUUACCCCGCUUCAGCAGUAAAGGUGACUUCUUCGUGUCCACCCGCUGGUCACUACCCCAGGCCGAUGGUAACAUCUGGCAGCAGCUGUACGUGAGCAUCCGCGUCAAUGGCGAGAUUAUCUCGAGCUCUGUAACUCCUGGUGCCUUCACCGUCAAUAAUUACAUCGGCAUGGAUGAAACUACGCUGUCUUACUACUACACCCGCACAGUGACAGGCGAACCCUGGGAGACGCAAGUCCACGUGACCGGCGCGGGCACCGGCUGCCUCAGCUGCGCCCUGGAGAUGCCUGACGGAGGCCGGUGCACCUGGGCCACCGCCACGCUCAGCCACGGCGGCUCUUACAUGACCAUCACCUGUUCCUCGAAUGAAGAACCUUCGGCUACCUUUAUUUAUAAUCCUAGGACAAGACAAGUCCUAUACACCUGGGAAGACAACGCCAUCGUUCGCCAACGCCUCGUAGGCAGAGGUCGAUGGCAGAGCAUCAUCACCACCGUGCCCCUGCAGAACGGCUUCCCCGCCCCCGUGAGGCUGCUACUGCCCCCAGGAUUGGACGUCAAUGACAUACUCACGAAGUACCCCAUGAUAUUCUACGUGUACUCCGGACCUAAUACCAAUACGGUGUUUAAUACUUUUACUGUUGGUUACCAUUCGUACCUGACGACAAGCCGCAACAUCAUCUACAUGUUGGCCGACGGGCGCGGCUCCGGCCUCAAGGGGCAAGACAUCCUGUACUCGCUCAACAACGCGCUCGGAACUGUCGAGAUUGAGGACCACUUCGUUAUUCUCAAACAAGUCCUAGACCGCUACCAGUUCAUAGACCGCUCAAGGGUCGGCAUCUGGGGCCACAGCUACGGCGGCUACGCCACGCUGCUGACUCUACUCCAUGAUGACGAGCAUCUGUUCCAGUGUGGAGUCUCCGGAGCUCCUGUGACGUCAUGGAUUUAUUAUAACACGAUGUACACAGAGCGCUACAUGGGUCUACCCACCGAAGAAGACAACCUCAAAGGUUACCAAGACGGUGAUGUGAACCUCCUUGCUGAGAAACUCCGUGGACACGACUUCUAUCUCAUGCAUGGCAACGCUGACGACAAUGUGCAUUAUCAGAACGCGGCCAAGCUUAUGAGGGCUCUGCAAGAGUUGGACAUUCCUUUUGAACAGAUGUCAUACCCUGAUGAAGCUCACAGUUUGGCUGGAGUGAACCCUCACAGGUAUAGUGCGAUGGAUCGCUACUGGACCCGUUGUCUCAGGCUAGAAGAUUGGUACUAAACUUAACUCAAUUAAUAAAUUUAAAUAUUCCAACAGUUUGUAAAGUAUCAAGAAUUUUAAUAAUACAUGGUAUUUUGUACACUGUUGACCGUAUCACUUUCCAAUUCUACAUGAAUUGAUAAAAAAUGUGCAUAAUAUACAAAUAGCAAAUAUUAAUAUGCUGUUUACAACGAUAUUAUAUUUAUUUUGUUCAAAUAAUAGCUAAGUUUAAUUUUAUUAUAAACAUUUUCAAUAAAAUAUUUUCUAGA